AUGGCUUCUCAGGGCCUCCAGAUCAUGGGUGUGCUGCUGGCCUUCAUCGGCUGGCUGGGCUCCAUCAUCACCUGCGCUAUGCCCAUGUGGAGAGUCACCGCUUUCGUCGGGGCGAACAUCGUCACAGCCCAGGUGAUCUGGGAGGGCCUGUGGAUGACCUGCGUGGUCCAGAGCACGGGCCAGAUGCAGUGCAAGGUCUACGACUCAAUGCUGGCCCUGCCUCAGGACCUGCAGGCCGCCAGAGCGAUGGUGAUCAUCUCCGUCAUCGUCGGGGUGUUUGGCGUCCUCAUGGCCGUGGUUGGAGGGAAGUGCACCAACUGCAUGGGGGACGAAGUGGCCAAAGCCAAAGCGUGCAUCGUGUCCGGGGUGAUCUUCAUCAUCGCCGCCUUGCUGAUCCUGAUCCCGGUGUCGUGGUCAGCUCACGCAGUCAUCAGGGACUUUUACAACCCCAUGGUGAUCGCGGCUCAGAGGAGGGAGCUCGGGGCUGCGCUCUACAUCGGCUGGGGCUCCGCUGGGCUGCUGCUGCUGGGAGGAGGCCUGCUCUGCAACAACUGCCCCCCGAAAGACAGCAGACCUUACACACCGGCCAAGUUCGCACCUGCAAGAACCGCAACCUCAAACGUGGACUAUGUGUGAAUGUGGGUAAUGCAGUACAAGAUAACGUUGUUAAAGUUGCAUAAGAAAGUCUGUUUAUUAAAAAAAUGUUGCAAAAAAAGUAAGAAUUCUGUGUAUUUGGUUGACUGGGAACAAAACAAGACUUCUUUUAAACUCAGUAAACAAUGUGGAGAAUCUUUAAUGAACAUUUAAACUUAUUUUUAGGCUUACUGUCAGGACUAAUGUGAGAACUGAAUACAUAAUGUCUUCAUUACAUUUUAAAAGGUGUAAGAAACUUUUUAAUUCAAAUUCUUUUUUUUUUUUUUUGAAAGUUUGGAUCAUAAUGAGGACAUUCUUGUGGAUAAAUCUCACAGGAAACGUGCAUGUUGACCACAUGAAGACAUAUUCACAGAGCAUCCUCUGUCUGCUGGACAAAAUAAACCUGAUCUUGCAUCAGAAAACUGCAACAACCACAGAGCUUAUUGAACAAUGGCGUCAGGUGUCAGGAGGAAGAAAACACUGAAAUUGUCCCAGAGAAGCCUAAAAAACUGUUGAUUUGAGUUCCAAAAAAAGAUCAAAUCUGGUCAGAUUUCAUCCAAAUAUUUGUUUUAAACAAACUUCCUGCUGUUAAUACAUUUUCUACUGUGGUUAAUUGUACACUGGGAGUUUCAGUUUACUUAAAAAAAUCUGGAAACUGAUCACAGUAGGAUUACAAGGUAAAGCAGACUAUUAAAUUUAAGUUGUGAGAACUUAACCUAAAAUUGUUCACACACAAUUUUACAGUUUGCGGUUGUUCUCAGUUGUUUCUGUUUUUCUCUGCUGUAAUCGUUAUGAAUUGAAUAUAACGUGAAGAAUCCAUAAAAUAUGUCUCUUUGUCCGUUUAUUCAGUGAUAGAACGAGGUUGUGAAUCAGGUAGAGAUCUUUGCUCAGAUGAAGCAAUUUAGAUGAAUGCAGAUUAUUCAGAAUCAACUGUGUUUGCUUUUUAAAUUCACCUCUCUGAAGAUAUAAUGAUCACUGCUGGGCUUCUUCCUCCCCUCUCAUGUUCACUGUGCACCUGCAGAAACAGAAGUGAUACUGAACUCGUGAU